CUGAAACAAUAUGGCGGUGAUUUGAAGCAAAGCGUCGUGUUUUCUGCAGUAUCUUGUCUAAAUAUUUAUGUUUAUAAAAGGGCUCAAUGGCAUACUUCAUACAUCAGCUAAGUAGUUACAGUAACGCACGUUAGCAAACCAGCCUGCACAUCAGAGAAGACGAGCUAAAGAAUGCCGAAUGCCAGCACGCGGCCCAAGCGGGUGAGGCGGAACCGCCGGACUCCCAGGGAGGACCCGGCCAGGAACGAGCUGGUCUCCAGGUCUCUAGAGAGUGCUCAGCAAUGUCUGUUCAAUCAGGACUACGGGACCGCAUUCGUGCACUACCUCCUCGUGCUCAACCUCGCUCCUGUGCUCAAGGACUUCGCCAGGGAGUCCUUCAGGUUCACACUCUUCAAAUGGGCGGAGGAGCUGGACUCUCUGGGCCGGGUACAGGAUCUGUUUGACUGCUAUGAGCAGGCGCUGGAGCUGUUUCCUGUGGAUGAGGUCAUAGUGAACAGCAUGGGGGAACACCUCUUCAGAAUGGGCUUCAGAGAUGAAGCUGCAGGACACUUCCACAAAGCGCUGAAGCUGAAACCGGACUAUCCUGAAGCCAAGGAGAACUUCUACAGGGUGGCCAACUGGCUGGUGGAGCGCUGGCACUUCCUCAUGCUGAACGACCACCAGCGCAACAGGAAGUACCAGCAGGCCAUCCAGAAGGCUGUGCGCUCUGGCUGCGCCACUGUGCUGGACAUCGGCACCGGCACGGGAAUCCUCAGUAUGUGUGCGAAGCAGGCCGGGGCAGCUGAAGUGUACGCCUGCGAGCUCUCCAAGACCAUGUACGAGCUGGCCUGUGAGGUGAUCUCAGCCAACGGGAUGAAGGAGGACAUCAAGGUUGUCCACAUGAAGUCUGUGGAAAUGGAAGUGCCCAGAGAUCUUCCUCAGAGGGUCUCUCUGGUGGUGACUGAGACUGUGGACGCCGGUCUGUUCGGGGAAGGCAUCAUCGAGAGUCUCAUCCACGCCUGGCAUAACCUUCUGCUGCCCCCUCAGAGUUCAGGCGAUUCGCCUCGCAGCACUGCGGAGUCAGGACGGGUGAUUCCAGCUGGGGCCACUGUCUUUGGGAUGGCUGUGGAGUGCCAGGAAAUACGCAGACACCACAGGUUGUGUGUAUCAGAGGCAGGUGACCUCUCCCUGUCUGCGGCGGGGAGGCUGCACAGCCCUGUCAGCUGCUCUCCAGACGCCGAUGACUCCUCCGAGCCCUACACCACAGAGCGUCUGAGCCGGCUGCCUGGGGGGUACUCCGCCCUCACUCAGCCAUUCCAGGCCCUGGACAUCGACUUCAACAACGUGCAGGAGCUGGAAGGGCUGUGUACCCGGGACGUUACCCGCUUCAGCCUGCCUGUGACCCAGGCAGGCAUUGUGGAUGCCCUGGCCGUGUGGUUCCAGCUUCACCUGGAUGAAGAAAACAGCCUGUCGACUGGGCCCCAGGAAGACACUUGCUGGGAGCAGGCCGUCUACCCCAUCCAAACCCGCUCCAACUUCACAGUGAACCCCGGAGAUAAGCUGAUGGUGGAGGUGUCCUGCGAGGACGCCUACCUGCGCGUGAGGACCGUGGCCGCGGUGAGGGACGGCCGCGCCUUCAGCCUGGACUCCGACUGCGACUCGGGGCCUCUGGGCGGCCCCGGGCCCAACGCGUCGGCGGAAACCGAGGCCCAGCUCUGCAGCGCGCUCUCCUCCCUGCAGACCGAGUCCGUCCGGGACCACAGCUGCGUGCUGGAGUGCGCCGAAAUCGCCCUGCUCAACAACACGCACUACCACCAGAGCUUCAACAGGGCCCUGGACAAGCUGCUGGCCGGGCUGAGGCCCGGCGACGACGGCCAGGGCGAGCCGCUCUACGUGCUGGACGUCUCGGAGGGCUUCUCGGCCCUGCCGCUGAUGGCGGCCAGGCGGGGCCGCGUGAGGGCCUACAGCUCGGUGGAGAAGGAGCAGCACCAGGUGGUGCUCCGGCUGCUGGCGCAGGCCAACGGCGUCCCACAGGAGGCGCUGGAAUUCUGGCUCAACCACGUGGAGGACGACUCCAGCGUGCUGCAGAGGCCCGACGCGGAGAAACUGUGGAGCGCCAUCGUCCUGGACUGCGUGGAGACCUGCGGCCUCAUCCGACAGAAGCUUCUGGAAAAAGCCACGCUGGCCAGGUGCUUGCUGGAGGAUGGCGGGCGGAUAUUCCCCCAGCGUAUCGUGGUCUACGGCCUGCUGGUGGAGUCCGACACCCUGCUGUCAGAGAGCGCCGUCCAGGGCCGCGAGCCAACGCUGGGCUUCAACAUCGCCCCCUUCAUCAACCAGUUCACAGUGCCCGUACACGUGUUUCUGGACCUGUCCACCCUGCAAUGUAAACACCUCAGCCUGCCAAUGGAACUGUUAACCCUGGAUCUCAUGACCUCCAAUGAGAACUCCACACACCGACAAGUGGAAGUGCAGGUGACCUCCGCAGGCCGGCUCACCGCCAUCCCGUUCUGGUACCAAGUGCACCUGGACGAAGCGAUCAGCGUCAGCACCUUCACUCAGGACUCCCACUGGAAGCAGGCGGCCGUGGUGCUGCAGCACCCCCUGGAGGUGACCGCCGGAGAGACGCUGUUCCUCAGCGUCCACCUCCACAAGAGCAGCAUCUCCAUCACGGCCUCCAGGGAGGGCGAGGGGCCUGCCGCCAUGGACUCCGCCAGCUCCGCCCACUCCCUCGCCUGACCCUCGCGGCCUUCUACGCCUCAACACGAGGCGUUCGCUCGAUUCAAUUGUGACGUGUUGUAUCUGUCUACCAGACCUGGGUCCAGUAUGUAAUUGUUGUGGAUUCAAAUACUUUUCUACGCUUUACUGAGCUGGUCUGGUGUAUUGGACCCCAUGACCUAAGUGCAGAGACCUCGCCUUCUUGCUCUCUUGGUUGGUUCAAAUUCACCGGGAAAGAUCAGUCGAGCUCUGAAAAGUAUUCCAGAGUCCAGAACAGUUGUGAAUUUGACCCAGGUCUGUCUACGCAGCUGGUACUGUAAAACGUUGUUUCUAAUUGUGGGUGCUGUUGCCAAAAUGCUGCUUUUGUCAGAAAAGUACUUGCCUUCAUGUAAAUGGAGAAUUUUAAAAGAACCCAUACAGGGAAUCCGUAUUAGACAUGUCCGGUCAAGAACUCCGUUUACUAUGGAGCACUUGUACAGUAUUGACUGCUAGUUUAAAAAGGAUUUGUUGAUGGUCCAACACAAGUAUUAUUGCAAAUAGGUUAAUGUAUUUAAGAAUAAUAACUUCAGUAAAGUAUUUCUCUUUAGUAUUCUGAUAUAGCAGAACUGUGAGGUUGCACCAAAAGCAACCCUGCACUCCACAACCCUGCAGAUUAGUAGUCUGACGUGCACUGCAAUUCACAUUGUACGGACGCAUGUAUAUUUAGUUUAUAUCUGCUCUGUUUCAUCCAUUAAAUUUACUUGGGGGGAAAAAGACGACUGAAUCUAGGUUUGUCUUGGCGCAACUUUUGUGUAAUUUGUUGUUUAGAGACCUUUGAGAUUAAAUUACAAUUUGUCUUAAGAUAUUCUGGAUGUAAGUAGAGGUAUUUUUCUUCAAGUUAAAAUGUAUGAUUUGUUAAGUAGUGCAUGCUAGAAAUGGAAAGACAUCAUUGACCACCCCCUAAUGUGCGCCCAAAAUAAACCCAGAAAGUAAUGGGACUGCCUGUCUCUGUGAGGCACAGACGGGCAUAGGCCGGACAAUAUUUGUCAUGUAUCCCCCUCCCCUUGCCCUCACAACAACAUUUACAGUGCCGUGUAAAAUGUAUUUGGAAAGUGGUACAGUUUUGGUUCUUUUGGCUCUGCACUCCUGCACAUUGGCUUUGAAAUGAAACGAUGAAUAUGAGGUUGUGCCGACUUUUGAGGAAAUUAACAUCAGGUGAUCCAUGUAAGAAUUGCAUCCCUUGUUGCACAUAGUCCCACCCCGUUUUAGAGCACCGAACGUAAUUGGAUAGUUUGCUUCUCAGCUGUUUCUAAUUAGUCAGGUGUAUUGAAACGCUUCAUUAGUGCAGGUAUAAGAAAGCUUUCAGUUUUUAGUCUUUUCAGUGCCUUUUGAGUGUGUUAUUGGUGUUUGACAACAUGAGGACCUGAGUUAUAACAAUGAUGGUCAAGGAAGCCCUGAUGAUGCUGAGAAAUUUGAAAAUAACAGUCCGUGAUAUAGGCCAAACCUUACCAACAUCAACUGUUUGGAACAUCAUUAAGAAGAAACGGAGCACUAGUGAGGUUGGUAAUCACAAAGGGCCUGGUAGGCCAAGGAAGACCUUGACAGUUGGUGAUCGUCAAGAAAAAACACCUGUCCAUCCGAUCAGAAGCACUCUUCAGGAGGCAGGAAUGGAUGUGUCGGUGAUUAAUUUACACAGGCUAAGCUGCAAGAUGAAGACCAACUGUUUGCUAAGAAGUACCUAAUUGAGCCUGCAGAAUUCUGUAAAAAAGUAUUCUGGAUAGAUGUGACUGACAUUGACUUGUAUCAGAGUGAUGGCAAGAGCAAAAGCUGAAAGGAACUGCCCAAGAACCAAAGCCCCAUUAAUUUAUCUGCCUCGUAAUGGCUUCCUUGACUUUCUUUUGAAGCUGGCAGAUGGCAACAACACAAUCCAAAGCCAAUCAAAAGCCUAGAAUCAAGACCAAGAUACUAAAAGCUUUCUUAUACGUGCUCCAAGGAAGCAAUUGAAUACACCCGACUGAUCAUCAGCAUCUGAGAAGCCAACUGUCCAAUUACUUUUGGUCCCCCUAAAAUUUGGGGACUAUGGAUAAGAAAAUUUAUAAUGAGACAAAAAUUUGGGGACUAUGUAAAAGAAGGGAUACAAUUCUUUAAACCUCAUAUGCAUUGUUUCAGUUCAAAUCUAAUGUGCUGGAGAGUACAGACCAAAAAGAACAGAAGUGGUCAAAAUACUUACGGACUGCACUGUCCAUGGGCUGUAUUUUGAGGACACAAAAAGCCAUUCACUUGUGCCCACGCUCCUGCCUCAGACCUGGGCAAAGACCUUGGUUCUUUCUUUUCAGCCCUUUUUGGUCUUUGUGCUGAUGAUUAGUGGGCUUGGGUCAGUGAUCUUUGGAGUGUGGAUUGGUGGAAGUUCACAGCAAAGUGGCAUUUCAACAGAUUUGAGGAAUCUGAAAGGUCCAUACCAAAAACAUCUUGUUCUUUGACUCUUUGAUAGGGGACAGUUGGGGAAAUACAUCUGAUGAAUGGUGCCAUCCACACACAUAUGCUAAUAUGGUAACAAUAUCAUACUUAAUUGCAUCAUGCUUGGUUAUCUUAGCAAAGAAGUAUAAUAGUAGAUGUGAUUGGAAGAGGGCACAAACGACAUGCAACUGAAUGUAUCAUUGUCAGAAUUUCCAUCCUUCCGUUUUCCAUGCAGUCCUGCAGUUCACACAGGUUAGGUAGCUCAUUCAACAUAUACGGAAUAUUAGGUAGUUGGCAUCACUUUGCAUAGAGAUGUACCCAGUUCUCAAUCAAACUGUAAUGUUCAGUAUGUGCACUACUGUGAUAAAAUCUUGAAAAUCUUGAAAAAUAAUUGCUGGUUUAGCAGGCCAACUGGAUACAUGCUGUCUGACAACCAGAUAUGAUAGAAAUGACCUUCAUAAGCCAGGGUAUAAUAAUCUAUGAUCUAAAUGUCAUUGUAAUUUAACAGUAGAGGCCAUACAGAAAAAUCAAAGUAUGAUCAAGGUCAAUGAUGACAACCCAUCAUGCACAUCAUGUCAAUACAACAAGCUUUUUUACCAGUGCAAUGCAGAGGUAGAAAUGUGAAAUUCUGUAGUUGCAUCAAGAUUGCUUUUGAAAAAUGUCUGGUCAAUGCCACAACACACUUUUGUGUACACUAUAAAAGUGUAAGUGGUAUCAAUGUACCAAUGUGUCCUGAUGCAAAAUCUCUAACGUGUCAUGUCCACCAAUUUUCCCCAGUCUGCAUUUUACAGCUGACCUCAACAAGAAUAGAUCACAGUUGUUACCUGUUCAAGCUGCAAUGUGGGCAACUCGAUAUGACUCAAUUGCCCAACAUUCAAUAAUUGGCUGUCAGUAGUGCUGUUAUUUAACAGACUUUAGAAUUGCUUUACGUCCCUUUGAGUGACAUACUAAAAUUGCCACCGUGAAAAAUUGCUGCAUGUGUCUGUGAUGAGAAAUAAGGAUCAUGACAGUGAUGCUGCAACCCCGACUCCACCAAUCCAGUGUCUGCUGGGGCGGCCUGUAGCAUAGUGGUUAAGGUACAUGACUGGGAUCUGCAAGGUUGGGGGUUUGAUCCCCGGUGUAGCCACAAUAAGAUCCACACAGCCAUUGGGCCCUUGAGCAAAGCCCUUAACCCUGCAAUGCUCCAGGAGAGGACUGUCUCCUACUUAGUCUAAUCAACUGUAAGUCGCUCUGGAAAAGUGCAUCUGCCAAAUGUCAUUAAUGUAAUGUAAUGUAUUCAAACAAAAACCAGCAGGCACUGUGGCCUGCCAGGAUCCAUUUUGAGAUUCAGUCUAGCGUUUGUCGUCUGCCUUUGCAUCCACAAAACAGAGCCCUAUGUAUCAUUUGAAAGCAUGUAUGAAAUUAUAUGUUGGAGAUAAUUGUAAUGAGCAAAAGCAGGAUGUUUAGAACGGAAAUGGUUAAGCCUCACUUCUGCUCAAUAAAUAUUUUCUCCAUGACAAAUA